GCUGAUAAUCUCAGCUUGUCUGCUGCUUCCUUUCCUGGUUCGGGGAUUUCUGCAUGGAGUCUUAUCUGUCUGCUUAUCCUUCCCCGCUUCGAUAUCUAUCGCAUGCUGCUAGAUACGGUAUGAGGGAUGGGGAGAUCUGAACAGCAAGACUGGUUAUGUAUGUAGAUUAGGUAUGGUAGGUAGGGUGAGAUAAUACUACAUACUGCAUAGUAUGUAUAUAUGUACCCAAAGACCGAGGCUUUCUAUCUCCCUUUCUCUUUUUCCCACGUUUUGUUUCUGCUCCUCCUUCAUGUUCGUGGCUUGAGGACGAAGAAUUGUUUGAUAGAUAAGCUGGAUAUAUGAGAAGGAUAUAAGCCGAUAAUGCGUUCCUUAACUUCAAUACCGUAUAUUCCAACCGGAAAACAAAUUAAAGAACGAUGUACGUCGGUCAAAGCAUGGCAACUACCGAAACAGAAAAGUGCGUUGGCGCCAGAACAUGUUUGGACUAAUAAGGAUAUGGAUCCGGUCAAGAGGGAAGAUCAGACUUGGACGUUGUGGACCUGGUGAGUGUGAUUUAGUUUUGGUUCUGGGUUUGCGGUUUGGAGGUUUUUGAGUGAUGGUUGUAAGAGAGAGAGUAGUGGAAAUUGGUUAAAAUAUAUGGAAUGGAGGAUGACUGAAGUGAGUGGACUGAUAAUUGACGAAAUAAAACAUAGGAUGGCUUAUUGGGCAACUGAUACGAUUAAUCUUGGAACUUGGGAGACGGCAAGUAGUAUUUUAGCCGUGGGAUUAACAUGGCGAGAGGCAAUUCCAAUUGUGAGUUAUCCUCCAUAGCUUCAUCAACUAAUUGAUCAAAUCACACUAACACAUCAAAAGAUGAUAGUAGGAACAACGUGCGUAGCAAUCCCCAUGGUACUCAAUGGAGCCAUCGGCGCGAAACUCCACAUACCAUUUUCCGUAGCAAUUCGAGCAUCUUUCGGAUAUUAUUUUGCGUACUUUUGCAUUAUCUCAAGAUCUAUAUUGGCCAUGUUUUGGCUGGGUAUUCAAGGUGCUAAUGGAGCAGAGUGUAUUACGGUUAUGAUUUUGGCUAUUUGGCCUAGUUAUGCGAAUGUACCGAAUCAUAUCGCGGAGGGACAGGGAAUUACUACGCAAGGAAUGAUAAGGUAGGUUGUUUUGUAAGAAUAAAUGGGACGGGAAUACUAAUAGCAUGAUUUAUAGUUAUUUUCUUUUCUGGAUAAUCCAGCUCCCGCUGCUCCUCAUACCACCUACUCGUCUCCGUUACCUAUUCGGUGUAAAACUUAUCGCAGCCCCUGUUGCCGCUCUUGCAACCAUGGGUUGGUGUAUCCACAAAGCAGGCGGUUCGGGCUCGAUCUUCGAUCUUCAACCCACAGUCUCCGGGUCCACGAAAGCAUAUCUCUGGCUUUCUUGUAUGUCUUCCGUGACGGGCACAUGGGCUACAUUAUCAUGUAACAUACCAGAUUUCUCCCGCUACGCACGAUCAUCCAAAGCUCAAUUCAUCCAACUUCCCUUUCUUCCCGUGAUUUUUACCUUGUGUGGUACAAUCGGCAUCGUCACUACUUCAGCCACGGGAAUCAUCUACGGAAAACCUAUCUGGGAUCCCCUCGAGAUUAUUUCAAAAUGGCUAGAUCUAGGACACGGUGGACGCGCCGCUGCAUUUUUCGCAGCGACAGCUUGGUACAUCGCACAAGUCGGCACAAAUAUCACAGCAAACUCAAUCAGCGCAGCAAAUGAUCUCACGGUUCUUUUUCCCCGCUACGUAAAUAUCGAACGUGGAUGUAUCAUCGCAGCCAUAGUCGGAGGCUGGGUCAUCGUCCCCUGGAAAAUCAUCAGUUCAGCCGAAACAUUCCUCGCCUUCAUGGGCGGGUACGCCGUCUUCCUCGCCCCUAUUGCCGGCAUCCUCGCCGCAGACUACUGGCUCGUCAAAAAUCAACACAUCGAUGUUCCCGCCCUCUACGAUCCAGACGGAAGAUACAAAUACUGGUAUGGAAUUAACUGGCGCGCUUUAUUAGCAUUACUCGUAGCUGUCGCUCCGAAUUUACCGGGACUUGGAUAUAGUAUUGGAUUACAGACGAAUGCGACGACGGGGAUACAAACGGAUACGGUAAGGAUUAGUGAGGGCGCGAAACAUCUUUAUUCUUUUGAUUGGCUUUUUGGUUUUGUGGUUAGUGUGUUUGUUUAUACGCUGCUUAGUUGGCUGUGCCCGGCACGCGAAUCGUUGCUGGAUCAUACGGUUUAUGGGGAUGUGGUGGAGGGGGUUCAUAGUGAUGUGGAUGUGGAUAGUGGAGGGGAGUGUGCUAUUGUGGGUGCGGUUAGUGAUGGGGAGAAGAGUAGGGGGAAUGUGGAGAAGAGUCGAGGGGAUGUUGGGGCGGUGAAUCUUGGGUUGGGUUCUCGUGGUGAUUGUUGAUUUUUGAGGGAACAAUAAGGCUGUCUCGUAAUGGAGUCUAUUACACACUGGAAGGGAGAAUGAAUCCGUGGUAUGGAAUCAUAUAUGUGCAUUAGAAAUACCUGUAUGCGCUGGUACACCUCCUUUGGAUGCACCAUGACUCUGCCUUCAGAGGUUUAAAAAGAGUGGUGUUGAUGGAAAGGUAAUAUACGCAUACGAAGGAGUUUUUAAGAUAUUCAUUUUAGAGAUAGAUGAAAUAAAGA